AUGCGAGAGCGUUUCAUCGCGAGAUUCUGCUCUUCUAUGCAAAAAACAAGCCAUGUGACUCAAUCGCCAUUCUUGGCGUCGCAAUUUCGAUGCCGACGCCCUGGCAUAAGCCACGGAAUUACUCCCAUGUUGGUCAGACAUAAUACUACCGUCAUAAAUCACCAGAAACAUGGCACUUCCGACCUCCCAUCCGUGGACAUCGAAUCCCAGAAUGCUUUUAAGCAGGAAGUUUUCAGGCAAUCCAUUGCGCUUGCCCGCAGUCGCAUGAAUGAAGCGACCGAGCUACGCUGCGCGAUCUUCAAGGCCGACGGCUCCGUCCAGUCCGCGGAAACUCGACUUACCAAAGCCGACGUGGCGAGUCGAUUUGGACUGAACGCGCGAGACCUGCGCAAUCUUGACCUUGUCUCCGAAGGGAUUCCGCAUAUCCUCGUGCGACCCUCGGCGAUCUUUAUGAGUAUCUUCACCCUGCGGCUAAUUAUCCAGCCCGAUCAAGUGGUUCUCUUCUUACUUGACUCUGAAAACGGAGGAGUGAAACUCCAAGAUAUUUUUGAGCACGAUCUCCAGAAUCGCAUUUCAUCGGCGCCUGUUUCGGGGCCCACAAGCCUUCCGUAUGAACUGCGUGUUGUCGACGCGGCUUUAGCAUCUGUUACAGCCGUUCUGGAAGCGGAGCACCUGAUUCUCAAGGAGGAUGUCAAGAAGAACCUCCGCGAAUCAAGAAACGAAGACUUUGUUUUCACUGCGCUCCGAGCAUUGCUGGAGAAUGGGAAUACAUUAGUCGCCAUCGAGCAACGAGCGCGUGGCGUGCGAUCGGCGAUGCAAGAACUCCUUAGUAAUGAUGACGAUAUGGCCACUAUGUAUCUGUCAGACAACCUGGCAGGAAAGCCUCAUGCUAUACAAGACCACCAAGAAGUUGAAUACUUAUUGGAGGCAUAUUAUAAAAAUGCGGAUGCGAUCGCAGAGUCCGCCAACGCUUUAGCUGGCGAAGUGAGACGCACAGCAGGAGCAAUCAAGUCAACCCUAGAUGUGCGCCGAAAUCAGAUCAUGGUCUUUGAGGCCCAGUUGGAAAUUUGGAUGCUCGGAUUUGCCGUGUCCACAUUUAUCGCCGGUCUUCUGGGCAUGAAUGUGGUCAACUACAUGGAAGAAAGCUCGAUGGCAUUCGCUUUACUAGCAUCUGGCUGUGUGGUCGCAACUUUUGUCAUGUCCAGGCUGGUCACAAGGAAGAGAGCCACAGCAGUAGCCGUGGCCAGCGCUCAAAGCGCCCUCGAAAUCAAUAUUGUGGCAUCCGUCACUCGUACGCCAGAGCUUUGCUCCGAAGUUAUAUCCACCAGGACUUGUCUCCACGAAGCUACAUUGGACCAACAACUUAGCUCCUUUGGUUAA